AUGGGACAUUUACCGCCGCCUUUACUCCACCGUCCUGCUCCUGCUUACGUCCCGGAGCCUGCGAUGACGUGUCGCCCCACCUUCCCAGCGCCGGCUCUUGCUCCUCCUUCAUCCUCCCACCGUACACUACCCUUUACAAUGGCAGCCCAGCACCAGCACCCACUCAAGUUCAACCUCACCAUCGACGACUUCGACUCGCUGAUCACAUAUCCCAACCAGUCGCACUGGGCGACGCCGGACCCGUCUGCGGGCCCGAACGCCACGCUGGCCGGGUGGUUUGACGAGACGUACCACCGCACGAACAUUACUGGGGCAGUGUUCGAGUUCAAAUUCAAAGGGUCCGAGUUCUUCAUCUUUGGGGCGGCGGGCCCGAAAUAUGGCGCGUAUGAGGUGGAUAUCGAUGCAUCCAAACAUGUCCGGAGCGCCCACGCAUUGCGAAACAUCGGACAAUAUCUGCUGUUCCACCAACGGGGGCUUGAGUAUAAGGAGCAUUUGGUCAAGGUCACGAAUCUGGGGCGAAGGCCCAAAUGGGACGGGACAGAUCUGUUGGUCGAUUUCGUGAAGACGACGGUGGAUGUUGCGCCAGCCGGGAAACGGAUGCGCGCCUUGUUUACACCGGAGAUUGGACCGAGAACGUGUACAACCCGCUGUUCUCGGGCGGGUACUCCCCGCUAUACGAACGGCGAUGGCGCCUCUGUGUCCCUGACGUUCAACGCGACGGCGAUCUUCAUUUUCGGCGAUAAGACGGACCGGCAUGGGCUCUAUAGCGUUUCUCUCGAUGGUGGCCCACCUACUCUGUACAACGGGGUGUCCGGCUGCGGCGGGGCGUUUGCGCAUGCAUGCGAAAAGGACAACACGUUGGCGUAUUUCGCAGCAAAUCUGGACGACCGCGAACACACCGUUACGGUAACCAACAUUCCGGGCGAGCUCGGCGCGUAUUUUGACUUAGAUGCGAUCGUUCUGACUUCCGCAUCCGUCAACAAGCCCAUGCAUUCCUUUGAGAUGCGUGAAUCUAACGGCACUCAGGUCCAGCUCACUGCCAACAUCUUCUGCAUCUUUGUACUGUGGCUCAUCCUGUUCGUUUUGCGCCCGUCGAUCUGUGCAUAA